UUUUUUUCCCUCAGCCAAGAAAUAAUGAUUAAGGUGAAAAGGAUGAAUGAUAGUAGUGGAAACAACAAACACAUUUGCCUCUUCCUAUAUAUAUAAACAUAUCCAUAAAGCCAUUAAUCCAACUCAAACAACAAAAAACAAGACAAAGCUUAAAAUGUCACCAAACCUUCAUGUAAUUCAAUAGCUCCAACCCAAGAAAAGACUCUCUUUUUUUGGUCCUUUUCUUCUCCUCCUCACCACUAGUGUUCAUUUCUUUCUCUAUUCAUACCUCCACUGAAAUUCAGACAAGUUCAGUUUCUUUUGCCCAAAUAAACAUGAAAAAACCCUUCCUUUUCUAGAACCCAACUCAAGAUCUGAUCAGACACUCUCUUUUUCUUUAAAGUUCGAAUCUUUUUUUGUUUUAACAUAAAAAAAAAACAAUAUAAUGGAUCCAUUCCACACUAGUCCAAUGAGCAUACCCAAUAUUCCAUACGGGUUCAUGACCUCCAUUCCAAUCACUACUAAUACCUCAAUGAACCCUCCAAGAAUGGACUGCAGAAUAUGGAGCAGACUCCCACACAGAUUGAUCGAUCGUAUAAUAGCAUGCCUUCCUCCACCAGCCUUCUUUCGAGCUCGUUCCGUCUGUAAAAGAUGGUACUCUCUCAUAUUCUCCAACACCUUCCUCGAAUUAUACCUCCAAGUAUCUCCCCACCGCCACUGGUUCCUUUUCUUUAAGCAACAAAGCCUCAAAAACCACAUCCUCAAGAACAACUCUACUACUACCAGCAACAACAACAACAACACUUGUUGCCGAGCACAUUGCGAAGGCUACCUUUUCGAUCCCGAUAACUUAAAAUGGUACCGCAUUUCUUUUCCAUUAAUCCCAACUGGAUUCUCACCGGCUUCUUCCUCCGGUGGACUAAUCUGUUGGGUUUCUGAAGAGGGUGGUUCAAAGAGUAUUCUCCUCUGCAACCCGCUCAUUAAUUCUUUAGUGCAACUCCCUUCAACCCUAAGGCCUAGGCUAUGUCCUUCAAUAGGUUUAACCAUCACCAACUCUUCUAUAGACUUGGCUUUUGCAGGAGAUGACCUCAUAUCUCCAUACGCCGUCAAGAAUCUAACUUCGGAGAGCUUCCACAUCGACGGCGGUGGAUUCUACUCAAUAUGGGGAACAACAGCUUCUCUGCCGAGGCUGUGCAGCCUGGAAUCGGGGCGAAUGGUUCACGUUGAAGGGAGAUUCUACUGCAUGAACUACAGCCCGUUCAGUGUACUGGCGUACGAUAUAUCGAUGAAUGAGUGGUCGAAGAUACAGGCGCCGAUGAGGAGGUUUCUGAGGUCGCCGAGCCUGGUGGAGAGCAGAGGGAAGCUGAUAUUGGUGGCGGCGGUGGAGAAGAGCAAGCUGAACGUGCCGAAGAGUAUGAGGCUGUGGACACUGCAGGAAUGCGGGAGUAUGUGGGUGGAGAUGGAGAGGAUGCCGCAGCAGCUGUACAAUCAGUUUGCAGAGAUUGAAGAUGGACGUGGAUUCAACAGUGUUGCACAUGGUCAGUUUGUUGUGAUACAGGUUAAAGGGUCGGCGGAUAAGGCACUCCUGUUUGAUUUUGUCGGGAAGAAGUGGGCUUGGAUUCCUCCAUGUCCGUACAUUAAUAUGAGUAGCGGUGGUGGCGGGAGAGAAGAUGAGCUGCAUGGGUUUCCGUACGAGCCUAGGUUGGCCGUACCAAUAACUGCUCUUCUUGAACAGCUUACACUUCCCUUCAGCAAUUUCAUUGCCUAGCGCGCUAUUCAUAUUUGAUACCAUAUGCAUGCAGUUGCUACCUACCUACCUACUAUGUUUUAUUUGUUUGCAUGGCUAAUAUAUUAAUUUGCUUUUCCGAGGGCAAAAUGGUCUUUAUUGUAUGUAUUAAGGUUGUCCAAGAAACUAUAUUUCGAAUAUAUUAUUAUUAUUCUGUUGC